AUGGCGGGCACCACCACCACCACAACGGCCACCAACGCGGCCCAGCUGCAGCGGGCCAGCCAAGUGCCCACGCUGGACCUGGACCUGGACACUGCCGACCUGAGCCUGUCCAGCUACCAGCAGCAGCGAGGCUCCGCGUCGUCUAACUCGUCGUCCUCGUCGUCGUUGCUGUUCGACCAUCGCCAUCCUCGUCACCAGCAACAGCACCCCCCGCCCUUUGCAUGGGGCCUGCAGCACCACCGCAUCGCCAGAGACUCGGCCGUAUCGCACGCGCUGUCCCUGUCCCUGUCUCUGGCCGACAUCACCGGCAAGCCGCCACCCGCGUGGCCAGCGUCCGUGCCCGCGCCCGCGCCCGCGCCAACCUUGGGCUCCGUCGACCUCGACCUCGAUCUUGACCUCGACGCCACGCCUCGCGUCGCCCCAACUGCACCCGCACCCGCAUCCGCCUCCGUCUGCGUCUCCAGCGUCGCCGCCUCGCGCCGUUCCGCCUCGAGCAUCGCCACGGGUCGCGGCGCCGGUCCCGCCGGCCGGAAGAAGCAGAGGAAGGCCGGCAGCAACGCAAGCAGCAACACCGCCAGCGCCGCGAGCUCGCCGCCAAACUCGGCCUCCUCGUCCGUCUUCACCGCCGCCCGGAAUACCUCCCCGCCUUCGCCUCCCUCAUCCCGCAGUAUCUCGCCGCGCGACAGCAGCACAUCCAAGGCGAAGCCCGCCUCUGCGGCUGCCGCGGCGAUGCCCGCCCGGCCCGCCAAUUCCAACAAGCGGUCCGCCGACAGCGGCAGCGGCGACGAGGAUGCUCAGCAGGCGCACAAUGGCCUGGGCGCCGGCCGCCUGAAGCUGCCGCGGACCGACCGGGGACCCGAGGACUUUUCCUCCGUCGUCAAGAACCGCCUGCAGUCCUACACACGCACAGGACAGGCGUGUGACCGGUGCAAGGUGCGCAAGAUCCGCUGCGAUGCCCUGCCCGAGGGCUGCUCCCAUUGUAUCAACCUGAAUCUCGAGUGCUACGUCACCGAUCGCGUCACCGGCCGCACAGAACGACGGGGCUACAUGCAGGAGCUCGAGCGUGAGAAGAACGGCAUGCUUGCCCAUAUCAGCGACCUGGAGAAACUGCUGCGCGACAAGGGCGUCGAAGUCAAGUCUUGGAGGGGCCCCUCCUGGGCACAGUACCCUUCCGAGUCAUCUGGAGACGAUGCGCCCCCGGCAUCCGACGCCUGGUCACAGGUCGGCUCGCUCUGGGUCAAGAACGGGGGAGCGAUACCGAAACAGCAACAGCCAACGCCGGCCAUCAACUUCCCUCGCAGCCAGUGGGAGGCGCGGCCAGACCAGGGCCACAUCGGCGUCGGCCCCGACAACGCGCCCCUGAGCUCCAUCCGUGGCACCAAGCUGUCAAUCCUCGGCACCACCAUUGAUACGACAUCGUUUGAUCUCCCGGACAUGGACGAGCCCGGGGAGGAUUCUCAACCUUCGAUGCCGCUUUACAACAAGUCGGUCCAGGCUUUCCUUAAGUCCUGCAUGGGCAUCAACCCGCAGCUGCACGUCGACUUGCCGUCACGUCAGGACGCCUUCAUGUACGCCGAGUGGUAUUUCAUGGCCGUGGGCCUUUUCCUGCCGGUCCUUCACCGGCCAACUUUCAUGCGACUGUUGACACGACUAUACGACGAGCCCAACUUCGAGCCAUCGAUCGCGGAGAUCGUCAUGGUGCACAUGGUCAUCGCGACAAUGUACUUUCACUGCGGCGUGCGCAACGAGCCCGACCAGCGCAGCAACCUGAACGAACUUUCCAACAAGCACUACCAUUUCGCAUUGAGCAAGAUUUACGACCUUUUGGGCAGCCAGGAGUUGGAGGCAGUCCAGGCGCUGGCCAUGAUUGCGUCGCACACGCGGGCUUUCCCCAAGCCGGGCUGCGGCUCCAUCCUGGCGAGCAUGUCUCUGCACCGGGCAUUGGAACUGAACCUGCAUCGCUCAUCCAAGAAGCCUGGGGAGGGCACGGAUCUGCAUAACGAGAUGCGUAAGCGCACUUGGUGGGUGAUUUUGACGGUAGUCGUCGCAAUCACCGGCAGGCGAGGCUCCCCGUUGCCAGUCAACGUACAAGACUUUGACAUCGAGUUUCCGGAGCCGAUCGCAGACGAUCUCUUGAGCGACCAAGGCGUUGACACGUCGCGGUCGAUUCCCUGCGCGUGGGAGGCUGGUCUCGCGGGGUUCAAGAUUGUGCCAAUCUUCAUGGAAAUGUACGCCAACAUCUACAGUGUUCGGAGGGACCCGCAAAACUACGUCAACGUCGUCAAGGCGCUGGAGAAGCAGCUCGAAAAUUGGGAGGCCGAGCUACCAGAGAGCUUGCGAUUCAACGAGUCCGAGGGGCUGGAGAGCACGACCAUCCCGGCCAUUUACGCGCGCACAUUUGCGCUCGAGCUGCGGCUUUGCCUUCGGCACCCGUCUGUGGCACUGACUACGGACAAGCAGAUGAUGGCGGACAACACGCGCAUCUGCGACGAGACGGCCCGCGAGUUCCUCCGCUGCACGAUGCAGCUGUACCGGACUAAGGCUCUGGACACAACGUGGUAUCAGAUGUCCGUCUAUGGCGCAUGCAUCUUUUCGAUGCUGGUCGCACAUUGGGAGCGGCGCUUCGAGACUACGCCCCGCCAAGUUGCGACGCUGCGAGAGGAGAUGCAGAGUUGGAUGGUGAUCCUCAGGGAGACGAGCUUGCUGCUAGGUUGCGGGCCGAGCAUCAGCAACCAGAUAGGGCAGAUGAUUGAGCGCACCAUAGGAUGGAUAGAGCACGAUAUGCGGCAAAGGGAGCCUAAACAGCCCGUGCCGGCGCCGGCAGUGGCACCCGUCAAGCAGGAGGAGCAUCCGGCGUACCAGCCGACCCAGGCGUCGCCCAUGCCGCAGGCACACGGCAUCUCGAACGGCACCGCCCAGAGCUACCAGGAGACUGGUCUCAACGGCCAGGCUUCAUACGCGACGCUGGCCUACGCGGAUGGCUCACAGGGAACGGGCGCCUCGUAUCAGUCCGAUCCGACCAUGUUCUACGGCGCGGCCGCCACCGCCACGGGCGUUGCGGGCUCGUCUCCGUCGAACCCCCUCGCGGCGUUCGCAUCCCAGGCAGCACAGCAUGUGAGCACACCAACGCAGGCCAACCUCGUGUGGCAAGCAGGCCAGGGAAACCCCUGGCACGACUGGACUGCCGCCAUCGCGGACAGCCAGGAGCGCUAUAGCGCCAGCGCCCUCUUGACGCUGGGCAACGCGGCUAGGGGCUCGAUGACAUCGUCGUCGAUGCUUACGGACGGCUCGGUGACGCAGACGGCGGCGGACAUGGGAAUGGUCCCGCCCGGCGGACAGUGGCCGUUGAUUAUGUUUGAUCAUACCCAGCAGCAGCAGUGA